UAAACGAAGUGUUAUCUCCCCUGUUGAUUGUACACGCUGUGCACAUGUGGGAAGUGCAGACUAUCUUUGAUAGAAGGAAUGGAAGAACACUUUAGACAGCAAGGUGAUUUAUCUGUGGCUGUAGCUUCAGAAAAUGAACCCGCAGCAGCAAAAAAACAAAAGAAAAGUGUGGAAGAAGACAUAAUAAGUGCCUCACAACCAGCAAAUGUUUUAUCAUCAUUAAGACCUGGUUGUGCUGCAGUGAAACCAGAGUUCUUAGUGCAUGAUCAUGAACAGCAGCUAGACAAAAACUAUUUGUCUCAAGCUAGCAAAGAUAAAAUGAUGGAAGACUCAUCUGCAGCUGUUGAAAGUGGCAACAGCUCAAAUGCUAAAAGAAAAGCAGAUAACCCUGAGGAUGCAGUUUCUGAAGUUCUCCCUGAACAUCAAAAGAAGAAGAUUAAACUGAAAGGAAGAAACAAGCAGAGGCCUGUUACAUUCAAGACAAAUGAUGCAGAAAAGAUGUGCCCUGCCAUUUUGAAAGAAGAGGAAUGCAAAUUUGGACAGAAAUGCAAAUUUUGUCAUAAUAUCUCAUUGUUCAUGGAAAAUAAGCCAAAAGAUCUAAGUGCAGAAUGUCAUAAUUUCAAGACUUUUGGAAAAUGCCCAUAUGGUUUUGCAUGCCGGUAUGCAAUGCAGCAUAUCUCUUCAGAUUUUAAGAACAUUACAAAUCAAGAAUUGUUUGAAAAAAUGACAGCACAGCGUCAGGUCUAUAAUGUCCUUGACAAAGAUCUUCAGCAUCUUUUAUGGAAAAAGAAAUAUGACUUUACCAAGUCUAACCAGAUAGUAAAUAGCUAUUAUAAUGAAAUGAGACAGCAGAAAGAAGAGCAAAAAGAAAAGGAAGAAACAAAGGAAGGACUAGAGAAUGGAGAAGCGAAACUAGAUUCUGAAACGCCUGCUCAAAAUCCUGUUGGAUGUGUAACAGAUGAAGAGGAAAUCAAACUACGAACACAGGAGAAAAAACUGGUGGAUUUCUCAAACAAGCUUUACCUUGCUCCACUCACAACAGUAGGUAACCUUCCCUUUCGCCGACUGUGCAAGCGGUUUGGUGCAGAUAUAACCUGUGGUGAGAUGGCCAUGGCAACAAAUUUGUUACAAGGCCAAAUGAGUGAGUGGGCUCUCCUGAAGAGGCACCAUACAGAAGAUAUUUUUGGAGUGCAGAUUUGCGGUGCCUAUCCAGACAGCAUGACGCGGUGUGCACAGCUUUUGCAGGAGCGUAUUAAUGUGGAUUUCAUAGACAUCAACAGUGGGUGUCCCAUAGACCUCAUUUACAAGAGAGGAGAGGGCUGUGCCCUUAUGGGUAAGAUGACCAAGUAUGAGAACAUUGUACGCUGCAUGAACUCUGUACUGGAUAUUCCUUUGACAGUGAAGAUGCGGACUGGAUUAACUGAUAACAAGAACACUGCACACAUGCUCAUUCCUCGGUUGCGUGAUGCUGGAGUCUCUUUGGUUACACUGCAUGGUCGGUCAAGGGAGCAGCGAUACACCAAACUGGCGAACUGGGAUUACAUUGAAAUGUGUGCAAAGAUUGCCUCACCUAUGCCUCUCUUUGGCAAUGGAGACAUCUUGUCUUUUGAGGAUGCCAAUCUCUACAAGGAAGCCAGUGGUGUGCAAGGCAUCAUGAUUGCAAGGGGAGCCCUUAUCAAGCCUUGGAUCUUCACAGAGAUCAAGGAGCAACGUCACUGGGACAUUUCAGCUUCUGAGCGCUUUGAAAUCUUGAAAGAUUUUUGCAACUAUGGCUUGGAGUACUGGGGCUCUGAUUCAAAAGGUGUUGAAACUAUACGCCGAUUUCUCCUGGAGUGGUUGUCAUUCUUACACAGAUACAUUCCUGUUGGGUUGCUGGAACACCCUCCUCAGAAAAUUAAUCAGCGGCCACCUUACUACAAAGGUCGUAAUGAGUUAGAGACACUAAUGGCCAGCAGUAGCUGUGGUGACUGGAUUAAGAUCAGCGAGAUGCUCUUGGGAAAAGUUCCAGAACAGUUUACCUUUCUUCCAAAGCACAAAGCCAAUGCUUACCAGUGAGAAGAUAUUGUUUGGUGCAAUCAGACUGUAUGAUGUUUUAUUAGUUGUGGUGUGACAGUGUGCCAGAUGUUGACGUUGGCUAUAUGGAUAUGUUCACAAUAAAAAAUUGUGAAUUAGUGAAAAUAUUCCAAUUUCAUGAAAGCUUGGGUACUUAAGAAUUCUAUGGAGUUAAGUCUGAUGAAAAUAAAAAGUUCUUAAAAUAUC